AUGAAUUGUGUCGUCGAAGGAAACUGCGUCAAAGCCUUUGGAAAGGCCAUUCAUGCCCUGUCACGGAUUGGUGAUGAGCUAUGGUUGGAUCCCAUGGUCAAAGGGUUGGCGCUGAGAUCAGUGAAUUCUGCUCAUUCUGCAUAUGCCUGCUUCUUCUUCUCACCACUGUUCUUCCAACACUACAGCCCAGGAUCAGUAUCAGAGCAGGGCACUGAAACAAUGACAUGCAAACUGGUCAUGAAGUCUGUGCUGUCACUUUUCCGUUGUUUGGCAUCCAUUGAGCGUACUGUGGAACGAUGCCAGAUAACAGUCGGCACUCCCAAGGACAGAGUGAUGAUCCAGUUUUUCUGCAAGCAUGGCAUCACAAAAACCCACAACCUGUAUUUCCAGGAAAGUGAAGCUCUGCAGGCAGUAUUUGCCUCACACCUCUGUCCCAAUGUGCUGAAGGCUCCAGCCAGGCUUUUUGGUGAUAUGGUGCUGCAUUUCCCAGUGUCUCAGGAGGAAAUCACUCUGUCCAUGAGUCCCCUGAGAGUCGGUCUGAAAAAUUACUAUGAGGGCGGAGACGAUCACAUGAAGAUGAUGUGCACCGAGAUGUCCUUACACCCAGACGAGUUUGACUACUUUCAGUUCGGAGGGGACUCGGACAUAACAUUCUGUUUGAAGGAGCUGAGGGGUUUACUGUCCUUUGCAGAGUCACAUUCCCUGCCGGUGUCAGUCCACUUCAGUACUCCAGGAAAGCCUGUGUGCUUCUCUGUGGAGGACAUGGUGCUGGAGGCCGCGGUGGUGCUGGCUACUCUCAUUGGCUCUGAAAGCAGGGGCCCCUCUCAGCCUACAGAGACCCCGGCUCAGACCCCACUAAGCAAUAACAUCACCUCUUUCUUUGUCAGACAUGUGGGUGUUGUUUGUUUUCUCAGGUGUGCUGUGAUACCUGUGGGUUCACGCAAGGCAGACUCGGAUAAGUCCCUGGAUAUUCCUGCUAUGACCGAGAUGAUCGCAUCCAGCCAGGGCAGCCCUAUAUUCAACCCAAACAUUAUGACGCAGCUUCUGCCUCACAUUGACGACCCGCACAGACUGGAUGUACCUGCGGAGGCCUGCGCUAGCGCCACCACAACCCCUGCUUCCUCCACGAUCUGCUCCCUCCUGUUCAGGGCCGUGUCCUCACAGCAGGAUGACGAUGGUUGUGCUGCCAGACUGCCUGUCCUGGCAUGUUACAGUGACAUGGAGGAGGAGAUGGAGGAAGACUGUACAAGAAGCCCUUCACUCUGAGGUCAGAGCUGUUAAACACUGCUCAAC